AAGCCUCCCGAUGACGCAACCCCCGCCAGCUGACAAACAUAAACACUGCACCACCACACCACCACUGGCACCCUGGCACCCCCGUCAGCCCCACAGGCCGCGCCGAACCCGCCGCCCUCACUGCUAGGGUGCUGGUGCUGGGAUGCUGUUGUCCAAUUACCACUGUGUUCACCGCUCCUUAAACCUUGUUUGAUUGAGGAGAGCAGCACAGGAGCAAGCCGUUGGCCAUGCCGGAAAGAGACACACAAGUCAUGGAGUGCACGGCAACCUGACCACUGCAAGUAUGGCCGAGUGUGGCCCCUGCCCUCCCAGCACGUCCCCCAAGACCCUGAAGGGCCUGGUGGUGUACAGGUUGGCCCGGUUGCUGCUGGAGAGCUCUGUGCCGGCUCACCUGAGGAAGUACUUGCCAGUGUGUAACCUUCACCUGUCAGGGAGCCCUGCACAGGUGGCCCCAGGGGAGCACUCUGGGGGCUGCCAGUAUUGCGAGGGGCCCUGCCACAGCACAGACCUCAACGCGGGCGACAACUGCACGGUGUUGGACGACAGCGAGACGGUGUUUGACGACGCCAUCAUUGCUGAGGCGGGGGAACGCAAUGAACGCUUGCUGGAGACCAAGGAAAACUUACUGAGGCAGCUGGUGGAGGUGAAGCGAUGGUGGGAUGAUGAAGGAUGGUUUGGCAAGCAGGACGCCAAGGUGCGGCGGGAGGUGCGGGAGGCCUGCUCAGACCUGCUGCAGCCCCACCUGGCCCUGUGCAAGUGUCCUCUGAUGCUACUGACACUUGAGCUGAUGUUCUGCACCAAGGCAGGAUGUGGCAAGAUGGCGGUGCCACUCUCCAGCCACAUGUGUUCCACCCUGAGUAACUUCCUCAGCAAACUUCAGCCGUUUGGAAUCGAGAGACUGUACACGUUUUCCCUUCAGUUUGGGAGUCCGUCUGUUAUCGUGACCCUGUGCCGGUGUUCUCCUCUUAUUAGGUGGAUCCACCUGAAGAUUGAGUUUGCCAAGGGAGACAUCUUGAGUGCAAUAGGACUGGCUGCACCCAACAUAGAGACUGUGGUAGUUAUUGUGAGAGAGUAUGAACUGUACCUGGAGAUAUCAUCGACAGUAGAGAUAGUGAUAGCAGGUGGGGAGGACUUGGAGGACAACUUGUACCGGGGCUUUUUUGGCGGGUCCACCAAGGGCGACAUUGACCACAAGAUACGGAAUGGAGAACAGGUGACUCUGUCCUUCCCAAAGCUGAAGUACAUUGACGUGGGAAGCCACCGUGAUGUCAGAGAGUUCCUGCACCACGUCCUCUACUUCUACCCCAACACGCGCAGCAUCACCUGUGACUCGGAGAGCUGGAUCCUCAGCAAAUACUCCCUGGCCUUCCCCGUGGUGACCCCCUCCUCCCUCGGCAAUGGCCCCUCAUCCCUGCAGGGGAGAGUCAUGACUUACAGCCUUCAGGACAUGAGUUUUUCCUCUUUCUGUCUUGCCUCCAGACUUCCAGACAUCAUUGGGCGGUACAAGAAACUUGAGCAUGUCAGCCUGCACCUCCUGAAGGGUCCAUGGAAGAUCAAUACCACCUGUGAAAUGGCACGGCAGCUCCUGUGCAGCAUCAACUGCCAGUACUUGACCAUCUGUGUUGAUGUGUACAUGAGCAGCGAAGACCUCAUCAGCCUGUACCUCCCCUCCCUGCAGUCCAUUGGUCCCUGCCUCAGGAUCCUGCAGUUCCACCUGACCAAUGAGGUGAAUGUGAGAGCCGUGUGCCGGCUGAUCAACAUGUGUGAGGUGCUGGAGGAGCUGGCCAUCGUGUCGUCCUGCGAGCGCUGUGAGGUGGCCGAGAGCGACGAGGGGGAGGAGGACUUCCAUGUCAACAGGCUACCCAAGCUGAAGUGCCUCAGCAUAUCCAGUCGCUACAAUGUGACCUCCACACUCUACCGGCUGACCCAGGACCUGCUGCACUCCGCCCCAAGCCUCACCACGCUGGAGCUGGAGAUGGGUGGGCGAGGGGCAGCCAAGUGGAUCCAGGACGUUGCCACGGCUGGAAACUUCACCCAGCUCAAGAUUUUAUACCUGUACCUCCCUGGCUUCCUCUUCGACAGACAGACAGUGAGCACCUUCUUCCCCUCCUUGAUUGGCGUGCUGCCGGGGCUGAGCUGCCUGAUGGUGGGCGGUGUGUGUCACUGUGACAUGCAGGGGCUGAGGGCCAAGUACAGGUGGACCAAGCUGAAGGUUGUGGCCAGAGACUCUCCUUACGUGGCAUUCAGAACUCUCUCCUCAAGGUGCUGCUGACCUGCUGACUGCUCCUUGCCUAGUCAUGUGUGUGUGUGUGUGUGUGUGUGUGUGUGUGUAUGAGUGUAUUAUUCUAUAUAUACAGUACUGCAGACUUCCUCAAAUGUAACAAAAGCUUCAAACGACAUCUAAUUUUCAUGACUUACAGCCUCACAGUCAUGGAAAUAAAGUACAUGUCUCAUACUAGGAUUUCCCUCUCACUUGAUGUCCAACCAACCAAAGUAUCCAUGUCCUCUCCUGUGUUCUGAAGUACUACUCAGAGAACUUCAACCUGGAAUAACCUUGAGUGAUAAAGAAUGCAAAAGUGUGUUUGUCAAGCCUCUUUUUAUCUGAGAACUAACACUCGUCAAAAUAGUUCAUCAGUUUUCAGAUUUUUUCAUGCAUUUCUGUACCAAUUAAGAGUUUUCAUAAUAGCACACACAAAUUGGUGGUGCUUCUUGGCAGAGCAGUGUUUAGUAAGCCUGUGAUUGGUGUGGUGGAGUGAGACAGCCGAGUUGUGACCUGUGAUUCUGGACGAGUGGAGGAAUGAACAGUCUUUCCUUUGAGGCCUUGUCACAGGAUCAGUAGGGAUUGUGGUGAUGCAGUGAGUAAGUAAGGAAGGAAGGAAGGAAGUAAAGGUUUAUUGCCCAUUAAAGUAAAGAUAAAAAUAAACAAACAAUUACUGAAAAUGGCAUAGAGGGUGUGUGGGAGUGGAUCUUGUGGCCGUGUGGAAGUGAUAUGUGAUGUUUACUCAGCGAGGGUCACCAGUGAUGCAGAACUGACUGAACCACAGCCACACUCCCUCACUGGUCCUGUGGUGAGGCCAUUACAGUUACCACUAUUCCAGAGGUGAGCCGACUGUGAGGUAUGGAAAUGGCGGUUCUUCUCUGCUGGGUGUCUAAUUUAUGUGCAUAGGGAUAAGUUGCAUUAUAUCAUGUUAUUUAUUUUCCUAUUUUUAUUCUUCCCUUUAUCUUGUUGGAGGUGAGACAACCUUGGUUUCUGUAUGUGCUGUUCGUACCUCUAUGCAUUUUAUUUUUUGUAUUUAAUUUCUUUUAGCAUGAUGUUUAAUUGUAUUUAUUUUUCUCGUCCUGUUUUAGUUUUGCCGUGUAAGCAUUUCAAUCAACAUCCUGCCACUUUCACUACAGCAAGUCUUUGAUAUACAUUGUGUACAAAUAGCAUAUAUACUCUAUACAAGAACCAGUUAGAGAGAUGGAAAAACAAAAAAAAAAAAAAAAAACUCUCAUACUCGAUGAAUGUGAAUACAGUAAAACAUAAAUACGAGGGCCUUGAAAUACCAUACAAACCUACAAAGACAUACAUUGAAAUACACAUUCCAGUUACACAUCAUUCCUUAUAAACACUGGUAUUGUAUUUACUGUAUUCAAGGAACAAGUGUAAAAGAUUCAACAGUGCUUCAUAAUUUUAGAUAAGAGGAAGAGCAAAGGUGGACAGCCAAUCAUAUGUCAUUCCUUACAAACAUUGGUAUUCUGUUCAAGGCACAAGUGUCCAGAGUGUUGUAUAAGCCUUGGGGUAAGUUACUGAGAGGGAUAAACACCAGACUAAGACGAGAGAUGAUGUAAAAUGUCCUCGGAGGAAGAGAAAUAUGAUUGGUGGAAAUGGCUGGUGAAGAAAGAGAUAAUGAAUGGUGUAAAAAAAGGACACAGAAAAAGUAAUAGUAAAAAUACCUCUCAAGAAAAGAUAAUGGUCUAAAUUGAUAUGUGAUGAAAAGGAUUAAUAUUUCCACCGAAGGAAAAUUGUUAAGGACUGAAACAGGGCCGUUUCUAGCCAUAGGCAGACAAGGCGAUUGCCUAGGGCCUCCAAGCAACCAGGGGGCCCACUGGGUAGCUUGGAAAACUUUAAUUUCUCAAGUCACCCAGGGGCUCCGACGAAAAAUUGAAAUCUUGGGCCCCCCCCAAACAGCAUCUUGCCUAGGGCCCCCACAAAGCUAGAAACGGCUCUGGAUUGAAAUGCUCAGUGAAGACAGAAAAAUUACUGAAAUGUUUAAUGAAGGAAAAAUAUUAAUGAAUGAAAUGUCCACUGAAAGAAAAGAUGAAUGAAUAAAAUGCUCAGUGAAGAAAAGAAUGAAUGAUUGAAAUGUCCACUGAAGUAAAAAGAUUAAUGGUUGAAAUGCCCUGUGAAAGAAAAAUAUUAUUAAAUAAAAUGUCCACUGAAAGAAGAAAUGAAUGAAUGAAGUGCCCAGUGAAGUAAAAAGAAUAGUAGUUGAAAUGCCCUGUGAAGGAAAAAUAUUAAUAAAAGAAAUAUCCACUGAAAGAAAGAUGAAUGAAUGUAAUCCCCAAUGAAGACAAAAGAAGAAUGACUGAAAUAACCUAUGAAGACAAAUCCAAGAGUGUACAUCACCCAUUACUGUUCAGCAUAAUCACAUCACCACUACGCAUGAGCUCAACGCAGCAUUUAUCAUUUGUAUCUUCCGCCGUACUGUAACGCUGCCUUCGGGUCCUCCUCCCUCUGACAAUUGUACUUCUAAGCCUGGCUACAUAGGUACUGUCUCCAUGGAUAUGUAUAAAGGAGAUGUGUAAUAAAUAUUCCUUACAUGCCUCGGAAC